CUGACAUAUUAUUUCAAGCUUCCGCAGAGCACCAUCUUAUGGCAUGGCUAGACGUCAGAUCCUCGAUUUACCGGUUUCUAUCCGCGAUCAAAUCUACACCGAACUUCUAGUCCCUCCCGUAGUCCAAGUUGACAAGGAAACCAUCACGCAAGAGUGUCCCUCCAUCAAUGUACUCUACACCAACAGGCAAAUAUAUGCCGAGAGUAGCAAUAUUCUAUACGCUAGCAAUCUUUUCACAAUCAUCACUACCAAUUCUCCAGACCUCUUCAACAAACUUCCACGAGCACGGACCCCAUUAAUCGAGAUCAAGCAUCCUUCUAGGAUUGCACAAACCCAUCGAUUUGCGAUGAUGGCGGAGUUUCUAGACUUAGACACUCAGAUACCUUCGAAAAGUACCCCGAUUUUCGUCGCCUCAUCUCAAGCUCUACCUUACCUUGCCAGGGGGCUGCGGGAAUCUGUAGUUGUCCGAUUUGAGGUUAGAAAUACAUUUCGGUACACAGUUUCCCGAGCAUCUAAACUACUGUUUGGUCGAUUUCUGGCAGCAGAGCGGGUCCCUAAAUUCCAAGCUGUGCAGAUCGAUGGCCCGGUGGAUGACGAGUAUCGCAUGGCAAUGAACCGUGAUUGCGUUACCACUUUCAACAUCGCAUGCCGUUUGUUUCAUCUGGGGUUGAUAGCAUACAAAGACCGUGUUCAAUUCAGAAUGCGCGUGGAGCAUGAAGGCGAGGACGGUCACGGUGUCGAGGAAGACAUACCAGAGGCUCAGGUCACCGAAAUCCCUAAAUUGUUGUUGCGAUUCAUUGACAUCUUCUGGGUGUGUCAUGACUACAGGUUUCUGGAACUCGGCCAUAGCUGCAACAUUACCGGGAGGGCCUGGUUCUUGAUGGCUUCUGAAUUGUACUGCACCCUGGCCCAGGGCUACGUUAUGGCCGCCAAGCGUUCUCCUUCUAUUGCUUCGAUUUGCUACCGCAAGGCUCGAUGUGCCGCAGAAGAAGGGAUUGUGUACUUGAGUCAAAAAGUUCGGUCCUUGGAUUCUCCUCCUACUGAAACAGAUCCUGAGGAGUGGAGAGAAGCCUUCAAAAAAGCCCAAGUCGCUCUGUCGAUUAAAGCAGCUAACGUAUCCCUUGCAUUAGGCGACGACGAUUCUGCAAGAGCGUACGUACUUGACGCUCUUCUCCUUGAUCCGGGGAAGAAUUACCAGGCCCACGCCCAGUUACCAGACCAAGGCUGGCUAGAAGAUCUAAGUCUUGAGGGGCACUGCUCGACUGCUGCGGUACUAUGGAGGAAGCCGGCUGCAUGAGGAUUUAAGCAAGAAGAUGGGUGGGUGAUUUCAGGAAGACCCAUACUUGACGGAGGAGGAAUAGCUUGCCUCAAUGCCACCUUCGGAUGUCGUCAAAUCUUAGAACGAAGUUCAAUAAAAUAAAUGACAAAAUAUCACAAAUGGCUAGCAGGUUUGGCAACCAUCUGGUACACAGCACAAAUAAG